CGAGAGCGCACCAGCCGCAUGCAGCGCUGCUCCUUCCGAGUUCUCCACGCUGGCUGAAUAGGACACGCUUUUGUUGCCGGUCUCAGGUCGAAGCCAUAGAAUGCGCUCUCCGUCCUCUGCGGGCAGGGACGAUUCGCCGGCGCCCACAUAGACUCUGGCCGGGGUAAAGUUUGCCUCCGGGCACGACCAAGGCCAACAAGCUCUCUCAAAAUUAAUUCAUUAUGCGAGACGCCCUUCUCUUCGUAUGCCAUACUGAGCGUCAAGGACAUCGACUACAAAUGAGAACACAAGUCGGUGGCCAUCGCAACUUCGGUCGCUACCGUGGUGCGCCUUCGCCUUGGACGCGCUACCUUGCAUUCCAGAUCAACUCCGCCACAGCGGACAGACUCCAAACUCCGCUUUUGGCUUCAUUAUUGUCGGCGUUCGCUGAGAGGCCGUUCGACGAGGGCGCUUCGCCUGAUCGGCACCCUACUCCGUCCGGCAAGCACCCCCUCCGCGCUGACUCUCCUCCUGCCCGAUACCCACGACAUACCCAGCCGACGUCAGACGCCGCACCUCGCCUUGCAUCGUGCUCGUAUGUCAAAACGCGGACCAUACCCCCUGCUGGGCCCUCAAUUGAUCUGGCUGCGCACACCGAGAUCUAGCAAGUAACCACCUUUCCGUCUUGGAAUGAAUAGAGCGAUCGAUGCGCAUUGCGCCAAUACAGAAUGCGGGGCGAGUGCGGCGUGCGCGACGGUGACGAUCUCACGGCUUGUCAGACAGGCGAAGGCAGGACCGCUCCGUGAGGCU